AUGUGUUGUUGGCUUAAUCAAUUAAAUGAAUAGACAGAUCUUUCCCUGUGUAGAAGUGUAGAACUAAAUCUUCUGAAGCACCGUUUCUUGAGACUUUCUUCACCAAUUUAUGCAAAUUUUUUUCAAGAAUGAACAAACAACAACAAUCAAUGAUCCUUGAAUCAGCUUCUCAUUUCCCACCACCUAAAGGAACAAAGCUAAGUUAUGGGACAGCUGGAUUCAGGGCAGAUGCAAGUAUCUUAUCAUCAACAAUAUUCAGAAUAGGGAUAUUGGCAGCAUUAAGAUCUCUGAAAACUGAUGGGUCUGUUAUUGGUUUGAUGAUCACAGCUUCACAUAACAAAGUAGAAGAUAAUGGGGUCAAAGUGGCUGAUCCAAGUGGUGGAAUGCUUACUCAAAAUUGGGAACCUUUUGCUGAUUCCAUUGCCAAUGCCCCUGAUCCUCAUACUCUUGUUCAGUUGAUCACUGAAUUUGCAACAAAGGAAAACAUACCACUUGAUGGAGGAAAGAAAGCAGCAAUAUUAUUAGGGAGAGACACCAGGCCUAGCGGUGAAUUUCUAGUUGAAGCUGCAAAACAAGGGAUAUCUUCAAUAAUUGGAGCUGUUGCGACUGAUAGGGGCGUCGUUACAACUCCACAAUUGCAUUGGAUGGUCCGUGCUAUAAACAAAGGAUUAAAAGCAUCUGAGCUUGAUUAUUUUGAUCAGCUUUCCUGCUCUUUCAGAUGUUUGAUAGAUCUAAUACCAAAGAAGAGUGGAGAUAAUCAUUCAAUUGGGAAGUUGAUUGUUGAUUGCUCGAAUGGAGUGGGUGGGGAGAAACUACAAGUUCUAAAAGAAAAGUUAAAUUGGUUGGACGUAGAAAUACGUAAUACAGGUAAAGAAGGCAUACUAAAUGAAGGUGUUGGUGCUGAUUAUGUACAGAAAGAGAAAGUUGCUCCCCAGGCAUUUGGUCCUUCAGAUGUUGGUAUAAGGUGUGCAAGUCUAGAUGGAGACGCUGAUCGUCUCGUAUACUUUACAAUUAUAUCAAAUGGAAGCAAGAAGAUUAACCUAGUUGACGGGGACAAGAUUUUAACAUUGUUUGCUUUAUUUAUCCAAGAUCAGUUAAGUAUUCUUACUGAUAAAAAUGAGUAUCAACCUCGUGUUGGCGUUAUACAGACAGCUUAUGCUAAUGGUGCAUCCACCAAAUACCUAAACCAAUUGGGAUUAGAAGUUGUAUUUACACCCACAGGGGUAAAGUAUUUGCACACAAAAGCAGAAGAGUAUGAUAUUGGGAUCUAUUUUGAAGCAAAUGGUCAUGGAACCAUAUUAUUCUCCGACCACUUUUUAAGUUUCUUAGAGGGUAAAAUGUCAACAGAAAAAGAUGUAGAAAAGCAGAAUGCUGCUAAGAGGCUAUGUGCAGUCACUAAGCUGAUCAAUCAAGCUGUGGGUGAUGCUCUCAGUGGGUUACUUUUGGUUGAAGCAAUCUUACAACAUAUGGGAUGGUCAGUCAAUAAAUGGAAUGAGCUUUAUUGUGAUCUACCAAGCAGACAACUUAAGGUAAAAGUUGCAGAUAGAACUGCUGUUGUAACGACGAAUGCAGAAACUACUGUUGAGAAACCCCCGGGCAUUCAAGAAGCUAUCAAUGCAUUAACUGUUAAAUACCCACAAGGAAGGUGUUUUGUUAGACCAUCAGGAACAGAGGACGUAGUGAGAAUUUAUGCAGAGGCAGAUACACAGGAAGGAACAGAUGAACUCGCUAAUUCUGUAGCAAAAGUCGUGGAUCAGUUUCUUGGAUUCAACAGCUCAUGAAAAUAUCAGUGGAUGUGCAUCUCCUGAGCUUUUAUAAGUUUCUUUUGAUUAUUUGUAAGCUCUUUGACUCUGGUAGAUGGUAACAGUUUGGUUUUUCAUUGCCUUUUGAUUCAUAUAUAUAAGACCUAACGUCUCACAAGUUACACUUUUGGUGUCAUUGAUCUACUUCA